AUGUGCCCACACUGCAAUUCAAACAGAAAAACAGUAGAUUAUAUGGCUACAAAAUGCGAAAAAAUGCUAGGACACGACUAUAUGAGAAGGCAUAAUGAGAUAGUCAAGUGUAUACACAUGCUGCGGUGCAAGAAAUAUAAGAUAGAAGAUUCAGGAAAGAAACUAAGAAGUCAUUCAGUCCAACAAAUAGUGGCCAACAAAUAUGUAGAAAUAAGAGUAGAUACUACCAUAAAGACAGACGUGAAGAUAAAAUACAAUAAGCCGGACAUUGUUGUUAUUGAUAAAAAGAGUAAAGAAAUAAUAAUUGUUGAAAUUGGUGUUACUUCGAUUGACAAUCUACAACAGGUAGAAUCUUAG